UUUCCUUUUGUUUAUUUUAUGUUUAUUUUUAAAAUAAUCGGUUUUCACGCGCAAAUGUUUGUUAAAUACGUACUAUAUUUGCGUUUGCAAGUUACGCAAUUAUAAACAACCUUACACAGCUGUUAUUUAGGUUUUAUUUACACAUUUUUUCUAAAACGUAAACUAGAUUCCUUGUUUGUUAGUCUAGAAAUCCAUCAGGUUUACCACUGAAAGUGGAUGAUAAUGAGUGUGCAGCCUGGACAGAAUACCAUGGAGGAAGCAGGGAGUUCUUCUUCGUUGGACCAGAGCUCUGCCGAGCUGGAGCUGAUGCGUCUCGUGAUAAACUGCAUACGGCAGUCUGUGUUGGUGAGCGGCAAGCCAGGCCCUGCGCUUGCGGCGUCUGUGUGUCGGGUCAUAGCACGGCAGGCGCGGCAACGCUACCAGGCUGUGUACAAGUUGUGGAGCGAUCUGCGAGCGGCGUCGCUGCGUAAACUGCGCGCUCACCUCGCCCGCGGCGACAUAUCGCCGACUCACCAGCGACUGUCCACGCUCGAGUGGGCCGUUGUGGAUCUUUUGCUACUCUACGACUCGUCGCUCUAUGUGGCGAAUUUCUUCCACCCUGCCCAGCUGGCGGCGCUGGAUCGCACCUUCUCUCUGGUCCAAGCGCUACACCUGGAGCCGGAGUACGGGCGGGAAGUGUCUCCGGACCAGUGGAGGCAGGCGGCCGACCGCUACUCCAACAAUGGCGUGACGCUGUCGGCGGUGGCGCUGCAGCGGCGCUGGCACGAGAUGAAGCAGCACGCGCGGCAACGCACAUGUGUCCCCGCCACGCCCGUCGUACACCACGCCAUCCUCCACAGGUACCCCCACGUGGCGAAGACCGAGCUGCCGUCAUGGCGGGGCUUGGUGACCGCGGGGAUGGUGGCAGAGCCGACGGCAGUACCGAGCCCUCGAACUGAACCGGCCAUACAAUGCAAACUGAUCCGAGGAAAGACUGAAGCGCUCCAGCGGCUUUUUAGCGUGGCUGCAAGAAAAAAUGCCGGGACCGAUGAUAGGUUAGGCAAAAAAGACGGCGUACAUGACAAAUCCAAAGAUGAACCAAUCACUGCUCCUGAUCGAGUACUUGUUAGUUCUAACAAUAAAAAUAAAGAAAAACCUCACUGUUAUAAUACAGACAAUAUCCAGCCAAGCAACAAAAUAUGUAGAAAAGAAAUCGACAAUACAGAUAUAAAAGUAAAACCAGAGAUAAUUGAAAUAGACGACGACGAUACUCCAAGCCCCAAAGCAGAUGUUGUAGAAGCGAUGCAAGAUAUAGACUUGAAUAAUGUCGAUGCAAUGAUUGUCUAUGAAAGCGACGAGGACGUUACUACUAUAUUUGAUGUUCAAAUGGGCAAUGCUGAUAAACAUGCAGACAUCGAUAGAAAUGAAGAAAACCGUGAAAAUGUUAGAAAUCAUAAUAAAAUAACAGAACAAUCAAAAUACAAAAUACAUACAAGUUGUAUAAUUGAAAGGGAUAUAGACUGUGGCAAUGACAUGCCAUUUAAACAAAAUGGAGAUGAUUCUUUAAAAACAGCUGAGGCUAAUGACAAUAACAAUAAACAUAUAGACGAGUCUGGAGAAAACUCGUUGAAUAUAGUAAUAUCAAAAGUUUGGAGUGAAAGAGAUGUGCAAAAAGACAAUUUGAAUAAUAAUGCAGAGACUUUUAGAAAUGGCAACAGUGAUAGUGAUUGUGAUAGCGACGCUAUAAGUGUUGGAAAUGACGUCGACUAUUAUUCAUACUACCAGCAAGUACUAGCGAAAUAUUUGAUUAUUUCGGACUCAUUAGAUCUCAAACUGGUGAAGCGUCCAGUAGUCUCAUUGCAAAGACUCGACUUAAAAUUCACCAACAAAUCACCACCUGGUCAAAAACCUCAAAAAACCAUAAGGCCUUCCUCCAAAUUGUUAUAUGGAAAAAACAAAGAACUUUUAAAACAGUGCAAGGCUUGCGAGGUGUCUUUGACGAGGGUGGAUAGAAAGGAAAGGAAGACGAGAAAGGUGAAGUUACCGGAUAUAGAGAAAGUGCGGAAAGAUAACAGAGGUAUACUGACAGCGGAGGUGGCGCCUCUAGUGGCAGAACCAUCGAAUGUUAUUCGACAGUAUGGUCCUGCUAGAACCAGGCGACUCCUAGAUACGACCGACAACGACCAAUCUGUGUUACCAAAAAAACCAGUCCUUGGCUCAUCAGAAUCAUCCAUUUUAAAGAACACAGAGGAAACUCAUGCCCUGUCGAGUACUUGUUGUCAGAAUUCUUUAAUCGACCAGCAGCUCCAGCAAAAUGUAUUAAUAAAUCAUUUUAAGUCCAACUUGCGACUUCGAGAUAGGAAUUUGUUUCAAGAAUGUCAAAAUAAUUUGCAGAAAGCUGGACAAGUACAGAAUUUCAAUGUUGCUUUCGAUUCCAUAUCGAAUCUGAUGCUAGAAAUGUCAGAUAACGGGUUACACGCUUCGAAUGUACAGAAUUUACACACGGGCCCGGAAUCACAAUAUGUAUCAACAAACAAUAUGUCUACCAAAGAUACGGAGAAUACACAAAAUUGGUCUGAAAACAUGUCUGACACGUGCCGAGUUUCAACAGUCACGCCGAUACCAAAACCCUUGACGAUGUUAACACCCAUAUCGGCACCAGUACCGAAAUAUUCAGUGUCGAUACCACCGCCACCGAUAAAGGUUUGGGUAACUUUACCUGUACCCACGCCGAAACUACCAGUGCUGAUACCGAAUCCGCCGAUCAGGAUACCCAAACCUGGAUCCACGCCGAUACCAACGGUGCCGCUACCAAUCCCGCCGGUUAAGUUACCCAAACCUGUACCCACGCCGAAACUACCAGUGCUGAUAACAAAUCCACCGAUCAGGUUACCCAAACCUGGAUUCAUGCCGAGACCAACGGUGCCGCUACCAAUCCCGCCGGUUAAGUUACCCCAACUAGAACUUACACCGAAACAUUCAGUGCCGAUACCAAACCUGCCGACGUUAACACCCAAACUGGAACCCACUCCGGAAGACCAGCCGGUCACCUUAACACCUAAACCUGAACCCGCGGCGGAACCUUUCGCGCCGAAACCUGACCCGCCGUCAAUCUUACAACCCAAACUUGAACCCGCCUUGGAUCCUUCCGCGCCGAUACCAACCUCGCCGACAAUGUUAACACCCAAAUCUGAACCAUCGUCGGAACCUUCUGCAUCGGCAAGCAAUUCAACCGAUGUGGACCAAAUCUGUACAAUAUAUAGCGAUAAUUACUCCCCUAUAUCUCCAGUGGACGUAAAUGAGUUUAAUCCAUUAAAAUUCACGCCUAUACUACAAACUGCAACGCUUUUAAAUCCAACGUUAAACUCUGCCUUAGAUCCCUCUAGACAUUCUGAAUCAUCUAUAACUCAAGCAUCUUUAACACAAUCGGCGCCGAUACCAGAUACACCAAUAACAUCGUCCGAAGUUACCUUAAACCCAUCUCCUAAAUCAUACGUAAAAAAAUCCACGAAAAAACCGUGUAAGACAAAACAGAUAAAACCGUAUAUUUUAGAAUUCGCACUAAAACGAUCCGGGGACCAAGUGAUAUUGAAACCGCUGUCCGCAAAAAAAGCGCCGACCAAAAACACAAAGACGCCGACUUCACCUUUCGCGCCGUCUUUAGCAGCUUUCACGUCGUCAGUAGAACGGCUGAAGAGGAAGGGAGAAACAGUGCGAGAGAGAGGACAGUGGCGGAUGGAACACGACUCGCUCGACCAAUCAGAGUUUGACAUGGACAUGACCUUUGCGGAGGCUUACUACCAUUUGUAUAGAGAAGACACGUCGUUUGAGAGAUCCGUACCGUUGUUAAAUUUGUUAUAGCGUCUCUAUUUAUUACAAGCUUUUAUUUAACUUGCAAU